UGUUGUUGUUAGUUGUUCCAGGCCAGAGUUUAGUCUCGGCAAUCUCAGGAGAGAAAAGAGUAGAGUCUGUUGUGGAUGGCUGAGGAGGCCACACACUCCAGGAAGCAUCGGAUGGGAUUAUAUUCCUCUAUUUCUCUCUCUCUCUCUCUUUACUUUUUCCUCCAGGGAUGAAGGUCUUUGAGCUUAAUUUCAACAAAGAAAGAAGCAUUUGCUGAGCUUUAGAAGAGCCCUGUGUCAGAUUUCUGAGGCGGCCGUUGAAGAAAAUAAAAGUUUGGACCCUAUUUGGAGAAUACCUCUGACCUUUGGGAAGAUUAAGCUUGCUGUUUCCUAUUUAGGUGUGCUAGGAGAGAAAGUGAGAAGUUGAUCUUGGCUGCUCACUGGUGAGCAGAAAGGGAAACAAGCAGGCAAUUAGCUUCAGAUCUGCGCUGACAGCUGAUAUGAGCCACACGUUCAGUUGAUUAGAUUUGGCCAGACUACCAGUUGCUAUACUGAUAGACUUGCUGAGAUGGGCUCUUAACAGGCACCAGUCUUUUUUUCAUGUGGGUUUGCAAAGACCUGGUUGGAAUUGAAUUGUUCUAACAUAUGAACAUAUCCUCGCAGCAAGGACCAGAUGCUGUAGAAUUUCAGCUGCUUAGUAGGGCAAACUUUCCGAUUGAUGGAUUUUGCUCUUCAAUUAAGGCCACUACUUCCUCUUGUCAGGCGGAACCCAGCAGACCUAACCUUUGACUGUUCUGAACUUUAAUUUGUCCCACUUGUUUCUCUGCUAAAUGCUGUGUAUCUAACUUCGUUCGAUUUUAUUAAGUGUUUGUUCUCCAAAAAGGGACCUUUCACUUUACGAGACCGGACAAAAAUGGGGGUUUCGGACAUGCUGGCAAAAUUCUAGUUCCCUGAGAUGUUGCACUGCAUUCUAUUCAUCCCCUGACAACUGAAGGUCACCCUGUGAAUUCCACCAGUACAUUUGGCUUUUUCACGCCGCCGACACAAUGAUGAACAAAGACUCUCGCUUCCCCAGGAAGACCGUGCACAGCAACCCCUCCUCUCGAAGGCAUUCAUGCAUUGGUUUUGAUGUUGAGAAUGGAUUGUCUGUGGGGCGAAGCCCCUUGGACCCCCAGGCCAGUCCCGGUUCCGGCCUGGUGCUACAAGCCAACUACGCCCACAGCCAGCGCCGUGAGUCCUUUCUCUACCGCUCCGACUCCGACUUUGACCUCUCACCCAAGGCCCCCUCCAGGAACUCCUCUACUGCCAGCGAGCUGGAAGAAAGCUUGAAGCACUGGGAUGUCAACUGGUUGUCUCGACACGGAGAAGACAUGAUUGUGACACCAUUUGCACAGGUGCUUGCCAGUUUGAGGACGGUAAGGAGCAACUUUGCAGUUCUGACCCAUCAGCAAGACCGUCAACCCAGCAAGAAAACUGGAAGUAACCCACCAUCCAUGUGCAAGACAAGUUUAGCAGAGGAGCCGUUCCAGCAGCUGGCGGUGGAGACGCUGGAUGAGCUGGACUGGUGUCUGGAGCAGCUGGAGACUCUGAAGACGCGCCACUCCGUCAGUGAGAUGGCCUCAAACAAGUUCAAGCGGAUGCUGAACAGAGAGCUCACUCAGUUGUCAGAGACCAGCCGGUCAGGAAACCAGGUGUCUGAGUUCAUCUCCAGCACCUUCUUAGAAAAGCAACAUGACAUGGAGAUCAUGUCUCCACCCACCAAGGAGAAGAAGGAGAAGACCGACAAGAAGAAGCGCCCCAUGUCCCAGAUUGUGGGGGUGAAGAAGCCUAUCCAAGUCCCCAGUGUGGCGCCCUCCAUCAUCCCCCGCUUUGGGGUCGCUUCCUGUCAGGAAGGUCUCCUCGCCAAGGAGUUGGAAGAUGUGAACCGCUGGGGUAUAGAUAUUUUCAAAAUAUCAGAAUAUUCUGGAAAUCGUCCACUUACAGUGGCAAUGUAUUCAGUUUUCCAGGAGCGAGAGCUGCUCAAGUCCUUUAAGAUACCUGCGGACACCUUCAUCACCUUCAUGAUGACUCUGGAGCACCACUACCAUGCCGACGUGGCCUACCACAACAACAUCCACGCCGCCGACGUGGUCCAGUCCACCCAUGUCCUCCUGUCCACACCCGCCCUGGAGGCUGUGUUCACUGACUUGGAGAUCCUAGCUGCUCUGUUUGCCAGUGCUAUACAUGAUGUGGAUCACCCAGGCGUAUCCAACCAGUUCCUCAUAAACACCAACUCAGAGCUAGCCCUGAUGUACAACGACUCGUCUGUCCUGGAGAACCACCACUUGGCCGUGGGCUUCAAGCUCCUACAGGAGGAGAACUGUGACAUCUUCCAGAACCUCAGCAAGAAACAGAGACAGUCCCUCAGGAAGAUGGUCAUUGACAUGGUGCUGGCCACAGACAUGUCCAAACACAUGAACCUGCUGGCUGACCUGAAGACCAUGGUGGAGACCAAGAAGGUGACCAGUCUGGGAGUGCUUCUGCUUGACAACUAUGGAGAUCGUAUCCAGGUUCUCCAGAACAUGGUCCACUGCGCUGACCUCAGCAACCCCACCAAACCCCUGGAGCUGUACCGUCAGUGGACGGAUCGGAUCAUGGUGGAGUUCUUCACACAGGGGGACCGGGAACGGGACAAGGGCAUGGAGGUCAGCCCCAUGUGUGACAAACACAACGCAUCCGUCGAGAAGAACCAGGUGGGCUUCAUCGACUACAUCGUCCAUCCCCUGUGGGAGACCUGGGCCGACCUCGUGCACCCUGACGCCCAGGACAUCCUGGACACCCUGGAGGACAACCGCGAGUGGUACCAGAGCAUGAUCCCCCACAGCCCCUCGCCCACCCCGGACGCCAAGGACAAGGACCUGCCAAUGGGGGCCGGAGGGGGCGGCGGACCCUCAGCCGGGGACAAGUUCCAGUUUGAGCUGACCUUAGAAGAAGAGCGAGAGUCUGACACAGAGAGCCCCACAGAAGAGGAGCAGGGCUGUAGCUGUGCAGGAGUGGAGCCUACUAGGACUGACCAAGACAGCAUACUCCCUCCUGUGUCUGCCACUGCGCGUCCAUACUCUCAAGCACUCUCCAAAAUGGCCACUUCUGUCCUCAACCUUGAUGGCAGGACUUUGUCAACUGACACUAACCCAGACAGGGAGGCCGCUGAAGUCAGAGAUCACGACCCAGAAGGUAACGCUGGCGUGAGGCGCUUCAGGUUAGGGACAUAGCACUAGAGCUAUUGUUCUUUAUAUUUUUUAUUUUGUGCCUCCCAACCGGAUCCCUUCAAACCUCGCCCCCCACCCCCCCCCCAUUUCUGGCUUCCUUGGACUAAAUGACAGAGAAAAGCUUGGGUAGAGAACAUGGAGGGGUGGGUUCUGGAAGCUUAUUAGGCUGUCAGUCACCUUGCACUGGAGAGAUGAGAGCUGUUCCACUGUUCCUUGUAUAAAACAAUGUUUUGAGCUGGUCUUUUACAUUUUACCACGUUGGACAUAUGUCACCUUUUUUGGCCCACGUUUGCCAGGCAGAAGCUCAAUUGAUGGAGAAAGAGCUAGGACUUUUGCGUGACAUGUCUUCCACUUCACUACUUGACCGCUUGAAAAAAUUAAGGAAGCGAAGAGACAGCGAAAACCAGAGAGUCUUUUCAGACAUCAUGCCAAACAGCGCAAUGAACAGAUUCUUGGCAUACGGCAAUAUUUGCCAGCCCUUAUCAACUGUUGAUCAUUGUAUCUUUUUAAGUCACUUACAGACUACCAAAUGUGUACUACAAAGGACAAAGUACAAAUCAGCAACUUUUGAUUAAGAGGUUGUUUUAAUGUAGCACUAUUUUUUUGGGGUACCCCCGUUCCAACUGCUACCGUGUAUCUGGCCGCAGCCCUUGCUUCACAUACAGGUUCAGGCUUUCUCCCACAACUGAGACCUGAACUGUCACGUGUCAACCCGCAAAACCUACACUGAUUCGGGGGGGGGGUUAGAAGUAUCCCAAAGCUUUGCUGUGGGCCCCUGGCGCCUCCCGGUGUUGGAUAUGGGAAUUGAUGGCACGUGUAAUCCGAUUGGAGGCAUUCUAAAUGCCGGUUCCUACUGUAAACUAACAGCAGGCAUGAUAAUUGAAUUGGGUUUAGCUGUGGUGUUGUUGAUACCCAGGGUACCCAAAACAAGCACUUCAGUUAAUAUUUAGUACUUCUCUGUAUGAUUUAAUUUUAAGAAAUAUAUAUAUAUAUAUAUAUAUAUAUAUAUAUAUAUAUAUAUAUAUAUAUAUUUGAAGUAAUUCAAAGUGUAUAGAUACUGCUUUAUAAUGUAUUUGUGUUUAUCCUCAACCUGUUUAUGACACCCAUUUCGUCAUUCUGCCUCAACUCUUAGCACUUUACAAUUUCCCUCACAGCCAAUCCCCUACCUGCUUGAAAGGGCUUGAGCUAACCCAUGAACACAUUAGAGGCAGAUGACAGAGAUGUUUUUUUUUUUCCACUGGCACCGAGGUAACCAGCACCCCAUUCUGGCACAUCAACAGGACUAGAUGCUCUGAGGGAACCUGGACAAAAUGAAGCACUGUUUGACAGGAGGUCUUUAGGACAAACUGUACAAAGUCCUUUUAUGUCCAUUGUUACAGUACGGUAGGUCUGACAUUUUCCUCCUACUUCAGGUACCAUCAUCAUUGGUCACAUUUUGAACUAGUUGAACAACUGAGAUACUUUGGUAGAAUUUACCUGUGUUCGCUGCACUCAUGUGGAAAAUGUUUUUUUUUUUUUGUCCGACUGUUUCAGAAAUAUGAAAGAUUUGCAACUAAAGAGCAAAUCUGACUGUCCCCGAACAAGAACAUGGGACAGUUUUCUAUGCCAGAAUUUUUUUCUCCCUUUUCCUUUUGUCAUGGAUCAAUAUCCUGCUCUUCACAGGGACAUAGCCAAUGACAAUACAAGUGCCAAGCAAACAUGACACAACUCGUACUGUAAUUUCCAUUUUGCCCCUGGCUAUUUUCCAUCAGUGAUUGACGGACAGCAGUGUUGAUCAUGUCGCCCUCCCUUUUGUACCCAUCCUGUCCCAUUGGCUUCUGUUUCAGAACAAUAAUCCACUGAUAACUCUACUUUUCUUAAAGAUGUGGUUUGUAUGACGAUAUUUGGAUUUAUUGAAUUUAUAAAGAAACCAAAGCACUUUGUAUGGUACUUUGACAAGUCCGCACUUCCAGUACAGUUGACUGUAAUCUAACUGUUGUCUAAUCCACAUUAGAAUUCUGUCUAUACUCUGUAACCUGGUAUUAUAUGGCUUGAUGCCAGGCUGGCCCUAUGCAUUAGUGACAUAAGCAACUGCUUGGGGCCCGGUGGUUGCUUGGAACUCAUUUGGAGUCUAAACUUGCUUUCUAAAUGAGCUCCCCUUGUAUUUACUGGUUUACAGUGUACUGUAUUUGACGGCCAUAAAGAGUCACAGAGCCAAGUUAUCUCAGUAAUCAAGUUACCUCAGUUUUCAUUGGCUCUACACCCACCUAUGUUUGUCUUUCGACAGCGACGGUCUACAAAAUUUUCUACAAAAAACUACACUCAGCCAAUUUUAAGAUGAAAUCUUAAACACCAUUGAAAAAACUAAGUAUAUGAAUCUGCAACUGUGACGUAAGAGGCAUCACUUUCAUAGUGCAUAUUAACAUGGCAAAAUGUAUGGCCACCUCCCUGACUCUUCAUCCAAUGAAAUUACAUUCAGGCCUCUCUGGCAGUUACCAGAAACCUAUGGGUUUGGUCAGAGCAUGUGAGUGUAGCAAUGGUUUGAAAAUUCACUUUGAUACUCUGAUUGGUUAGUAACAAUGUAAUUGCAACAAAACAACAACGGUUCACGUAGAGCCCCCAAAAUGCUAGGGCCGGCCCUGAACUAAUGCCUACAACAGGCUGAACCAAUGUAGCCGAAACAGGGGAGGUGUUAUCGGAUUUACAUUUUAUGUAACUAGAUGUCUUUUGAUGGACAUGCAUGACUUGUAAGAAAAGUUUCCAAGUAUCUAAAAUAAGCUAAUCUGUGUGGACGGAAAAACAAACGUCUGAGCUACAAUCAUGGUUCUAUGUUGAGUUUUUCAAAAGAUCUAGAAAAUGUGACUUUCUGGAGCCUUAUAUUUGCAUCCGUUUUCUUUCAUCGUAGAUUUGAUACUUGAUAGAGAGGGGAUACACCAGUGCUCAAACUGUGGUUGAGCAAUCGCAGCUGUAUGACAUCAGUUUCAUGAAAGGAUUCAGUUGUGCGUGUCACUUAACAUUUAUUGUUUUGUAUAUUUUCUUUGCAACGCUUUGUGUACAGUGUAUUUAUUAUUUCUGUGUAUCUGUCUGAAAUGAAAAACUACAGACCUUGCUGGGGGCUGAGUAUUUAUUUGUAUACCUUCUGAGGUUUGGGAGAAAACGCUUGACAGAUUUUAACUGCAGUACUCAACCGAAUGUUUUAGUUUCCUUAUGUCUGCCAUUUGAAAAGAAACCUGUUUUUUUUUUUUUUCUAGAUAGCAUCAGUAAGGUAAGAGAUUCCUCAAGUUUCAGACAUGCUAUUCCUUUGUUUCUCUCCUGACCAGAACUUCUCAGUCAGCAGUCUUGACAAUCCAAACAACUGUUUACUACGGGUUUAAAAGCUCUGUUUGCCUAAAUUGUAUGCCUGUCCACCUUGCCAAUAAAGGAGUCUUCAUGCUUUGGACAUCA